AUGCGCCUCAAACGUGAGAGCCCCUCCCUCGUCCCCUACUCCACCCUCUCACCCCUCUCCCCAAUCACGUCGCCUCCUCCCCACUCUCAUCUCCUCUUUCCCCUCUUUCCAUCUCACAUCCCCUCUUCCGUUCGCUCCUCCACUCCUUCCAUCUCUGACCGUGUCCGCCCCUCUCUCAUCCCCUCGUCCCCUGUCUCAUCCCCUCCUCCCCUCUGUCAUCCCCUCCUCCCCUCCUCCCUCUCGCCCGUGUUCAUCCCCUCUCUCAGCCCCUCCCUUCUCUCAUCCCCUCCUCCCAUCGCUCCUCCACUCCUUCCAUCUCUGAUCCCGUCCUCCCCUCUCUCAUCCCUUCAUCCCGAUCCCAUCCCAUUCCCUCUCUCAUCCCUGCCUCCCCUCACUCAUCCCCUCCUCCCCUCUCUCGGCCCCUCCUCCCAUCGCUCCUCCACUCCUUCCAUCUCUGAUUCCGUCCUCCCCUCUCUCCUCCCUUCCUCCCCGAUCCCAUCCCCCCCCCUCCCCUCCCUCAGCCCCUCUCCCCUCUCUCAUCCCCUCCUCCCCUCUCUCCUCCCCUUCUCCCCUCUCUCAUCCCCUCCCUCCCCUCUCUCAUCCCCGCCUCCCCAUCACUCCUCCCCACCUUUCCUCUCUUAUCCAGUCCUCCCCUCUCUCAUCCCGUCCUCUCCUCCCGCAUCCCGUCCAUCCCACCUCUUGUCGUGGUUCUCAAUGAGAGGCGGCACUCCCAAGGCCAGAUCACCCCCCCCCCCACGCCUUACUACUCCGGAUCCUCGCCCCGCUCCGCUACCAUCCACCCCCUCAUAA